CGCUGUUUUAGGCAGUUCCCAACGGCGAGCGACAUCGUCCAGAGAGACUUCUCCAACCUACCAACCAACCAACCAGCCAGUUGACCAGUCAAGCUGUGCCCAUCUCCGAAUCUCAGCGACCCAACGUUCUUCAGUGAAUUUCACCAGCAGAUCUCUGCCGAAGCUGUAAAAAAAUGGCUACGAUGAAUCUUAGUUUGAUGACACUGGCGAUGUUGGCCGGCCUUGCGGGGGUUUUCGCUCUUCCAACCGGCUCGUCCGCCGAAGCUACCGAGGAAAAAUACGAGCACUUCACCCUGCCGAUCAACGAGCGCGGGACGAAGUUUAACGAGGAGGCUGACGUGGACCAUGAGGACAAGAUAGUGGUCUUCAGCGUGCCAGACCACAACACCGUGUCCAACAGCAAAGUCAUGCUCGACUUUAUCAAUAGGAAGGUGAUGACCCUGUUUGUGGACAAGAACCAGUGCCUGUUGUCCGACAUGUCACCAGACAUGGCCCCGUUCGAACGUGUGGAAGAGGGACUCAAGCUGGUCUCUGACCCCGACGUGCCCACCCGCAUCGUCCGUAAGACCUCCGAGGAGACCAACCGACGCGUCCUGCUGGACCAGGUGUGGGACAGGUCCUUCCUGAGCCCGGAGAUGCAGAAGAUGUGUGCCGGGGCGGAGAUCCACCGUGUGGAGGAGAUCGGAGAGGAUCCCGAGAUCGAGGAAGGACAGUCAGAGUCCGACGGUGGUGAGGCUGGGGCUUCCCGAGUUCGACGGCUAGUAAUCAACUGCCCGCCGAACAUGUGGAUGUGGAGGUGCACCCUCCGUACCAACAGCUGUGUCUACUACUACACUUGCAACAGUGUUCCCGGGCAACCUGGCGCGGCACCAGACCAUCACCGAUGCACCAACAACCACCUCUUCUCCGGUAGUGCCUGGCAGUGUACCCCCUUCUGCCCUUGAUAAUACCGUGAACAUGUACGGUUUGGGGCCUUUUAGAAGCAAAGCCCUUGGCUGUAGUUCUCUAAUUCGUGGCUUUAAAAUCUGUUCAUGGAUGGCUGCAUGCGUAAUGUAACCUUUACGCUUUCCAUGACCUAAUUCUAUCAUUCUAUAUUCAACAUUGGUGAACAAGUAGGCAACGGUAUAUUUUCGGUAUCUUCUAGUAGAAAAUUCGCAGUUAUUUCACGCUUCACGCCUGCGUCAUCAUACAUCAUUGAUUUUAAUAAUUCAGAUAGAAUCUACAUGUAUGACAUAUUUGAUUUGAUCUGUUCAAAAUUGAGCAACAACGCUAAGAUGACUUUUUUGUCGCUUGGUGUGUUCGGGUACUUGUGUCACUACGUAUUAUACUCAUGUGAUCCUUAAUAAAACGAAAUAUAUUCCGUUACA